CACCGAUCCUCUGGUGCCUUGUCUUCGUCCCCCGUGGGUCCGUAUAAAAACAACACAAUCAAGUUCUUCAAGACUUUCUUCGACAUAACAAGAUCAAGCCCACUCUUUCACUCUCGAAGCCCGAUCGCCGACCACCAUCAUGUAUCAACGCGACUCGAAGUGAUGUGGAAGUGCUUCUAACAAUCUCUUUGGGAUUACUCUUGGACUGUUCUGUGUGUGUUUUCAGAGACUGAUAGUGGAUUAACUAAACGCGAGAUGAUAGUGCGACACAUACAACUGAUAUUAGCAGCCCAUCUGAUAUACAUAGUAACAUCGCAAAAUGCUAGAUCAUACGAUACAAGUGACUGGGUUCCCAUAACCCAAAAAACAAAAAAUGAUGAAGCUGCCCCCAAAAAAGCCACAGGUCGUGUUCUCAACUUGGAUGCACCGGCUAAGAAUUUCUUUCCUGAAGAUGACUACUUAUAUAGAAAACAUAGGCCUCUUACCCCACCUCACUCUAAAAACAGAGACAGGUAUAACAUACCGAAAUAUGAAGACAAUAGCUACAAGUUCGAAUUACCACACCUACCACGACAAAAAGGCAAACCGCAAAUGCAAUACUUUACGAACCAAGAGGUGAAACUUCCCAAUUAUGAGCAACCACCACCAUUAGAACCAUACCGAUCACCCCUCAGACCACAUCACAAUCAACAGACUCAAACAAGUAUGCCGAAUACUAGAGAAAGAGCACCAGCCCCAGACGCUGCUAGUAUUUACGAUAAAUACACAAUUCCCUUCAAUAACCCUAGUUUUCUCAAUCAACAGUUACUGAGUGCCAAUUCUUACCAACAAAACGUUGAUGGAUUUGUUGGAAAUACUCCGAAUAGGCAACAAUCAAGUCAGGCUGGAGAUGACUCACUGUCUGCUGCUGAUGCUACAACCGUCGAGAAGGAAUCAGUACAGCUGGUGUAUGUGCCAUUAGAAAAUUUGAAACCCAAUCAACCUAUCCCGCAAGAUUCACAAGCUGUUUAUAAACAGGUUGAAUCACCGAGAUAUGAUGAUAAAAUUGUGAAUAACAAUCAUGCAAAUCAAUUAGCAGCGAUCCAACACGACUUCAUCGAACAAGCCCUACGAGCUACAAAACUACAACAACAAUUCGAAGAUGGCCAGCCCAUCUUACUGCAACCCCUCAUUACCACUACUUCUAAACCACCAAAGAAAAGGAAACCCCACCAACCACCUCUGGCGGUAUACAUGGAAGGUAACCAACCAGCUGAUAUAGAAGAUGUCCUCGACAUACUGAAAGGUGCUAAGUCAAUAUCUGUUCAGGACAGUGUGCAGCCAGACUCACCUCAAAUUUUCAUCGGACCUACAUCAUUGGAUGCGCCUGAUGGUUACAGCAAAUUUCCGUUGCCAUAUUUGAAUAACGUAGAGGGAAAUAGAAUCGAGAAAAGAAUCGAGAGCUUGCCUUUUUUCGUGGCUCCUCUUAGCUUCAAGACGCCACCAGGUUACUCGAAGAUCCCCUUGCCUGCACCUCACGUUGGUUCAGUGGUGAUUUCCAACAAAGAAGACCCCCAGGAAUUGAAGAGGUCAACACCUGCAACCAACCGUAUAAAAUCUAUAACGCCAACACCUAUUCCCUUCAAUGAUUACUCAACACCUCAGACAUAUCAGAAUCAGGAUUAUUACAACCAAGGUCAAUUGUAUUCUACCCCACAACCACAGUUAUUGCAAUUCAAUGUCAAUCAUAAUAAACAGUUUCCUGUAUCAUCUGGAUAUUAUCAACAACCUCUGAAUGAUCCGUACAAUUUACCACGGGUUGUUGAUGAUCAGAGAUAUAGACAAGGUCAGAAUAUUCAUAAUCCAACAUUUGAGUACCCAACUGGGGGAGAUAACAUCAUAAGAACAACUCCAAGAUAUACUGAUGAACCUAGCAAUAACCACAGAUUCACGACCCCAAAGAAUCAAGAUGUGAAUAUUCCUUCAAGAACAACGUCUAGUCAAGAGGAACAAACAUACAGCGAAGGAAAUUCGACAAAUCAGCCAACUAUAACCGAACAAAAUCAUCAGAAUUACGAGACUCCUUAUUAUUCGAGUGUUCAGAAUAUAAGAGAACCAAAUUCGCAAUUGCACUCGAUAUCAAAUACUGAGAAAUAUAAUGACGGUUCUGAGAAUUCUUUCGCUAGUAUAACACCACAACCAAUACCAGAGCAAGAACAAACACAGAAGGCUCAUUCGUCUCAGAAUGAACAACAAAUCAAAACUCUUGACGUGAAUCCUUUGGAGCUAGCGAUCAACGAAUUCGAGUUGCAUCAAAUUAAUUCUCAACUUGAAGAGAAGCCCAGAGUGAAAAAUCAGUAUGAUUAUGACUCAGAUCCACAAACGAACCAAAGAGAACAAGGAAGAUAUAGAACAAGGCAUCGUCCACAAACAACCACUGAAGAAUCUCAGUACAAAUUUGAUCCUGAAUUACAUAGAUUCGCUAGUACCCCAGCAUCCAUUUUGAGGGAUACCGAUGUAGAAACAACUGUUCGUCCUAUAAGCAGCAAAUCAAGACGAAGGGGAAGGCCAAGCAGGCCUACCACAACUUCUACUACUACCACUACGUCUACAGCACCUACAGAAGAAGAACGUUAUACUGUGUUAGAAGAAUUCUCUAUAAAACCUAAAACUCACCAAUAUCCCGGAAUUUUUCAGUAUUCAGAAAAUUCUCAAUAUGAAGAAACUCCACAAUAUGCAAAAACCCCUCAAUAUGCAGAAAAUCCUCAAUAUCAAGAAACACCCCAAUAUCAAGAACCACACGGAAACCAAUAUGCUGAAGAUAAUGCAGAAAAUCCAGCUAGUGUCUAUACACUGCGAACAACUACUCCAAGCUAUAUAACUGCUAAGGAUAAACCAAGCCAAUCGAUAUAUAAAUCUGAUGAAACUGUUAUAGAAGAUAUACCUGCGAGAGUUUAUAAGUUACAAGUCAAUGAAAACUCUAACUCGCAGGCCUAUGAUGCUCCAAUAUACAAUGAGAAUAUUCCAACGUACAAUGAAAAUGUCCAGACACAAAACCAACACAUUCUCAAUCAAAAUUUGAUGGAUCAACAAAUCCUACAGAAUGUUUACAGACAAAAUUCCCAAGAGGAUGGUCGUAGACAAAAAUACCCAGAUAAUUCAUUCACUCAGCAAUAUGAGGUCCAGCCCAACAUUGAACCACUUGUACACAACAGAGGCCAGCAUCAAGGCAGCCACAAAGAACUGAAUGUUCAGGUCAUUCCUGAGGUGAAUUCUGACACUGAUAUUAAUUAUGAAGAUCCUUCUGUUAGAUCACUACUAGUACCAAAUCUUCUUGUUCCGAGAGCUCCUGACGAUGAUUACUCAGCUCCUAAAUACUUACCAACCACUGACACUGUGGAUACUACUACUUCCUCUACCACCACUACUACUACUUCUACGACUGAGAGAUAUAUUGAAACGACCACCCAACGCCGCAUUAGAGGCAGACAAAGAGGGGGAAGUAGAUAUAACGUUCCCACAACCAGAAGAACUCCAACCAGGAGACGGCCAAGUCAUACACAAAGGACAACUACAGAAAGAUCAAGCUAUUCAGAAGAAACUGGAGAUAGUCAGAGAACAAGCACUAGACAGAGGUUUAGGACAAGAGGACGCACUACUCCUAACAAUAUUUCAGGAAGGCUUUCAUCAACCGAAAAUGAUGUUCAUAAUGGUCCAACUUCGGAGUCGGGAAUAAAGUACACUAGUGAGCCUUAUAUUCAAUUCGGAAAUAAUGUUAAUGACCUACAAAUCAGUACAGCCAGACCUGAUGCGGAAAAUAUCGCUGAUAACGAACGUCAUCAAAUCAAAUCAUCACAACAACCUCUAUUUCAAUAUGAAAAUACUCCAACAACAUCAAGACAGUUGGUGGAUGUUCAGAUAAAACACCCAGUACAAAACAAAGUAAGGACUCAGUCUGACAAUAUCAUUUAUAAAACUGAGGAAAAUCCGAGGGAAAGUGUGAAAUUACGAGGAAGGGUGCGAGGUAGAUCUAGACCCGUCUCUACCACAACAGAAGCGGUCACCACUAGGAGACCAUCAACACCAGUGCAACAAGAAGAACAAGAAGAGGAGUUCUAUGGUUUCUUCAGGCAACCAAACUUCAGUCAACCUCCCGUCCACCAAUCUGAACAAACAACUUCUUCAAGGCCUAACGUGUACUACGAGAGUACUCCAAGUCAAACGAGAGAUGACACCCGUCUUCAAUAUGACAAUACCAGAGAAGCUUAUUCUACUACGCCUAGAUUCGUAGGAGAAUUGGUGCCAAAAUAUCAGACUACGAGUAGUAAUAUUGAACGUGAAGACGUUGAAACUCCUAGACCAAGAAUAAGACCAAGAACAAGAGCACCACAUCGACAAAAUUCUCCAAGAAUUUCUGCGAAUGUUGAUACAGAAUCUAGUACAAAGAACCCGAAUGCACUAAGAUCUAGAGGUAGAAGUCAUUAUAAGGUUCCAGAAAAUUUGAGGAAAGAAAGAGAAGAUGAUAUAGAAGGUGGCAAUUACCCAGCUGAAUUUUUCCAGAACAAGCAACAAUUCACUACUCGCUCACCAAGUUUCCAGAUAACAGUUACACCUGACGAUGAAGAGGAAGAUGACCAGGUACCUCACCAUUCAUUAUACAGGCCAAAUGUUCUGGCUAGACCUGAGGAAUGGCAUGAAGCUUCACAAUAUGAUGCAGGAGAUAAAGGACAAGGCAACUUGAUAGGAGAAUCCUCGGAUGCCCAAACGACCACCGAACAACCAAUAGCACUUCCAAUCAAAGCAAAUACAGAAGAAUUAAUCGAAUCUAGUAGUUAUGAGACAACGUACAAAGAAGCAUCAGAGGCAAUGGAAGGUAUAUUCGAAGCCAUUAACAACAAAUAUCAGGGAAUGAAAGAUACUACUAAGAAACCAAUAUCAAACGGACGCAGACGUGGUACAUGGAAACUGGUGAAACAACGACCAGUUGAUCGCCUUGAAGUUGCUGAAUCGCAAAAUUACUAUUCAGUAUUGAAUUCGUUUGAUGAAAUCAAGAAAAUAGAUGCCGAUGAGAAAAUAAGUAAUCAUCAGAAAGCACCAAUAGAUUCAGAAUCUGAAUCGCAAGAUUAUUACUCUGUAUUGAAUUCAUAUGAUGAUUUGAGAAAAAUAAAUGUCACUGAUGCUGUAACUAGUGAGAAAAUCCCAGUUGUUGACACAAUUCAAGAUUCUUCGAAUAGUACAGAUUCUAUCUUGGAAGCAGCUCAUGUAGACAAUAAAGAAGAAACCAGUGAUAACUAUCCAACGACUACAUAUCAUCCUGAAGAGCCAAUAAGUGAAAUCCAUGAGGACAAUAUAAAUACUGGGGAACCAUUGCAGGAAACAACGAACCCAAUAAUUGAAACGACAAGUCAACACACAAAAACCACAAUUACUGAAGACAGCGGUUUCCUCAGCUCGCUUUAUGAAAUGUUAGGUGUCUCAGGUAGAGAACAAAUAUGGGGAGCAACAACUUUGAGUCCUGCUUCGUAUGAUGACACCGAAACACCAACCACCACACUAGUAACUCCGAGUUUUCCUGAAGAAAUAACAGAAGGAUCUACAAAUACUACAACUCAGGCCGUCACAGAAUACUCACCAGAAACAACAACAGAAGUGGAUUCCACAACUACUAUCAGGCCAGGUCAAAAGAUGCCACCUUUCCAAGUUGAACCUUGGGAAAUGAGAGCUGUACGAACUUCAACUUCUACUGAGGUGUCCCAUGAAACCGAGAUAUGCUACAAAGGAAGGUGUAUCAAAGCAGCAGAUAGGAAAAAGAGAUUGUGAAGAUGUGAGAGUGAGAAGACUUUUGUAAAUAAAUGUGAGAGUGCGAUAAGAAAGUAGAUAUAGCAAAUAUGUUAAUAAGGACCUAAUUUUAAUUGAAACUAUUUAUUGUAAUUAUAAUAAGAGAUUAAAUGAUUGGUAUAUUA